UAAACUCUCUCACCGUAACUCAGUCUCACCCCUCACCGUCACUCUCUCUCUCUGCCUCUCCAGUCCUCACCGUGACUCUCUCUCUCUGCCUCUCCAGUCUCCGCCUCUCCUCACCGUCACUCUCUCCAGUCUCCGCCUCUCCUCGCCAUCGUUUCCGCCCCUACCUUCCUCCAAAUCGCCGAUCGCGUUGAAAACCUCCUCCACGCUGCCUACAUGUCUACCACAUCCUCUGCCUCAGCCCCAGCCCCAAGGCCCCCAACUAGCACGACAUCAGAAUCACAAUCGUUGUUUGGAGAGGAAGUUGAGUCCAUUCCGGUUGAGAAUCCACAACAACAAGGCACUAAAAGAAGAAAAACUUCAGACGUAUGGAAUCAUUUUAAGAAGAAGAAUAUUGAUGGGAAAGUUAAGGCUCAAUGCAACUACUGUGGAAAACUUAUGGCUGGAGCAAGUACAUCAGGGACGACUCAUUUAAAACUGCACAUAGCAAAAAGUUGUCCAAGUGCUCCGAAGGAAGCAAGUCCUUCGAGGGAAGGAACGGAUAUUAGGAGGCAAGUUCUUGUCAAACAACACAAUAAGGCAAGAAGUAAAGGGAUCUCAAGCCCUAGUGUUUUUAAUGAAGAGGAUCAAAAGGCUUUGAGGAGGGACCUUGCACGAAUGGUCAUUUUGCAUGAGUACCCUCUUGCAAUUGUUGAUCAUGUUGGGUUUCGGGAUUUUGUUGGUGGUCUUCGGUCAAAUUUUAAGAUAGUAGGAAGAAACACAUUGAAACGAGAUAUCAAAAAAAUUUAUAAUGAAAAGAAGCAGAAGACUAUGGUAGAAAUUGACAAGAAUGCAAGUAAAGUUGCAAUCACAACGGACUUGUGGACUGCAAACAACAGUAAGAGGUCAUUCAUGGUAAUCACAGCUCAUUAUAUAAGUGACUCUUGGACUUUGGAAAGCCGGGUUAUAAGGUUUAUUCGUAUGCCAUCUCCACAUGAUAAGUAUUCUCUUUCUAAAAUCCUUUUGGAGUGUCUUUCUGAUUGGAACAUUGAUUUGAAGUUAUCUGCCAUAACUGUAGAUAAUGCUAGCAACAAUGAUGGUAUGAUGAAACUUGUUUCGGAUAAGCUUCAAGCUAGUUCACUUAUUUUAGGUGGAAAAUUGUUGCAUGUGCGUUGCGCAGCACAUAUUCUGAAUUUGGUUGUUCAAGAGGGUUUGAAUGUAAUUGGUGAUGGUAUUGAGAAGGUUCGAAGUAGUGUAUAUUUUUGGACUCAAUCACCAAAAAGAACAGAAAUUUUUGAAAAAAUAUCUCGCCAAUCACAUAUUGCAAGUACUAAGGAAUUAGUACUUGAUUGUAGGACUCGUUGGAACUCUACAUAUUUGAUGCUUUCAACUGCCUUGAUUUAUAAAGAUGUUUUUCCACGUUUACUAUGUUGUGAGCCUCAAUAUCAGUCUGCUCCAACUAAUAGGGAUUGGGAGGUAGCACAAAUUGUUUGUGAGAAGUUGGGUUAUUUUCAUAAAGUUACUGAGUUGCUUUCUGGUACUGCCUACCCUACAGCUAAUCAUUAUUUUCCUUCAGUCUUUCAGUUGAAGUUGGAAUUAAAUCAGUGGCUUUCAAGUGAAGAUGAGUUGGUUAAGAAAAUGGCAGGAAAGAUGUUAGCUAAGUUUGAUAAAUAUUGGAGUGACGUUCAUGAUAUCAUGAGUUUGGCUAUUGUUUUAGAUCCAAGAUAUAAAUUGAUGUUAUUGACCUUUUAUUUUAAUAAAAUGUAUGGUAGUAAGGCUAACGAAGAAAUUGACAAGGUUAAGAACCUUCUUUUUGAGUUGUUUGCGGACUAUGACUUAGAAAGCACUGAUAGAGGAGUCAUUUAUUCUCAAGUUUCAUCUUCUACAUCUACAUCAAGUGCUGCACAUGAACAUUUUUUUUGAUAAGUAAUAAGAUAUAUUGAAAAAAAUAAACACCCAAGUGCACCGGAAGUGAACAAGGGAUAGGAAAUCAAAUACAAAAAUUACAAGAGUCUAGGAAAACAAUAAAAGAAGGGAAAGAUUUAUUUUGCAAAGCAAACAACCAAUCCCUUAAAGUUCUAAAAAAGAGAAGCUUGAGGUCCGGAAUAGAUCUCUCAGAAUCUUCAAAACAUCUACUAUUCCUCUCCCUCCAAAGGCACCACAAUAAGCAAUGAGGAAUGAUAGACCAAAUAAAACCAUUUCGAUGACGACCAAAGCUGCCUUGCCAACAACGCAGUAGCCCCAAAACAGAGUGUGGCAUAACCCAAGAAACUCCAAAAAGACCCAAAACCAUAGACCAUAGAUCCGAAGCAAAAGGACAAUGAAGGAAUAGAUGGUCAAUCGAUUCACCAUUUCUCUUACACAUGUAGCACCAAUCCAAAAUCCAUACCUUCCUUUUACGUAAAUUAUCAAUCGUCAAGCAUUUCCCUAAGGCAGCAGUCCAAACAAAGAAAGCAACUCUAGAGGGAAUCUUCUGCUUCCAAAUACUUUUCCAAGGAAAACCAAAGAAGGCGGAGCCAGCUAAAAUUCUAUAAUAAUCACUAACCAAGAAACCCUUAACUUUGCUAGGAAUCCAACACAAUUUAUCCUCACCUAGCCCCCUUAUAGAAGAACCAUAAAUGGUUUCCAAGAAAUCAGACAUAGCCUCUAGAUCCCGAGCAUGCACACCCCUAACGAAUCUCACAU